AAGCUAAUUGACUUGGGCAGGAUCAGGAAACAAUACACAUCAGAAGAGAGGUAGAGGAAUCUACUACAAUGGAAGAACACAAGGAAGAUCAACUAGAAUAUGAGUAUGAGUAAGUAAUCAUGAUUAUGCAAAGCCACAACCAGGGACCAAGGUCAGAGAAAAUGGAAAUCUUAAGAUUGGCCCAGUCAAAGAGAAACAUCAUCAGUUUGAACAUGGACCUUGAAAGGGAUAUGCAGAGAAUAGAUGAAGCAAAUCAGGAACUUCUUCUCAAAAUCCAAGAGAGAGAAGAUGAGAUUGAGAGGCUGGAAAGUGAGGUCACUCAGACCGCAGACCAGGCAGAAGACGAGGAGUGGGAGAAGGAGAACUGCACCACAAUGGAGAGGGAAAGAGCCUUGCAGGAGCUGGAGGAAGAAACAGCCAGAAUUGAAAGGAAGAAUGAGACGCUGGCCCACAGUAUAACAGAACUUCAUAAAAAGCUUACAAGGAAAUCACAAAAGAUAACCAAGUGUGAACAAAGCAAUCUAGACGGAACCCCAGAAGAGUCAAAGGCUAAGUUAGAACAGCUGGAAGCUUCCUGUGCAGAGCAGGAGAAAGAGCUGGUCAAGGUCAUGGAGGACUAUGCAUUUGUGGCCCAGCUUUGUGAAGAUCAAGCCCUCUGCAUAAAGAAGUACCAGGAAACUUUGAGGAAAAUAGAAGAAGAACUAGAGACUCGGUUCCUUGAGAGAGAAGUAUCAAAAGUCUUGAGCAUGAGCUCUGCAGGAAAAGAAUAUAACAGCCAAAAUAAUGAGGGUAAUUCUAUCCAAAAGAAGGCAACACUAUUCAGUAAAAGGAUUUUUCGCUAUCUAUUUUUCACCACCCUAUUUUUCAUCAGACUGUUGGGCUACAUGUUUUUCCAUUUAAGUUUUAUAAAUCCAGAUCUCCUUGUCAUUAUACUGCCCAAGAUCCUGAGCAGGAGUAUCCUGUGGAAUCUAAGAAGCUUCCUCUUUCCAUCUCUCACCCUUGAGACAGAAGACAUGUUACCUCACUGAUCCCUAAGAGGUAUCCUUGAGUGACAGAAGGCAAGUGGGAUCUGAGCCUGGAGAUGGGAGAUGGUGAAACUCGUGGAGGAAAGCGGUUUUCUUCAGUUUUUCCCUUGAGGUCUGCUACUUCACUACCUUCUGUCUCCAUGUCUUUCCAAUAUUAACUGUGCCCAGUAAAGAGCUCUGU